GUCCGCGCAAACAGGAAAGACACUCGGGGAGAAGCAGACCUCUUCACAACCUUCUCUGAUAUUCCUCCGCACCUUUCUCCUCUCUGGGCCCCCGCAGAGGUGAUCCUGCUGCAGCGGGGAGUGGGGGAGACCAGGAACACACACACACGUGCACAAAAAAGAAAGAGGAAAAAGAAUAUAGAAAAGUUCUGAUCCCUCUGGAGGACAGGAGCUGUGACUCGUAUGAUGUCUGUGGUGGGCGCCCAGCCYUUCAUCAAGCCAAUGCAGACUUCACCUUCAGUUUCGCCCGGUAUCCAGCGGAGACACACGCUACCAGCCAGCGAGGUGCGGCCGCUCAACACGCAGGACGCGAUCAGCGUGUUUGAAAUCGAGAGGGAGGCUUUCAUCUCAGUAUCAGGGGAGUGCCCGCUGCACCUGGAUGAAGUGCGUCAUUUCCUCACGUUGUGUCCAGAGCUGUCGAUGGGCUGGUUCGAAGAGGGCCGCCUGGUGGCGUUCAUCAUCGGAUCUUUGUGGGACCAGGACAGGCUCACCUCAGAUGCGCUGACCCUCCACAAGCCCUGCGGCUCCACUGUCCAUAUCCACGUCCUGGCGGUCCAUCGCACCUUCAGGCAGCAGGGCAAAGGCCCCAUUCUGAUGUGGCGCUACCUGCAGUACCUGCGCUGCCUGCCCAAUGUGCGCCGAGCCAUGCUGAUGUGCGAGGACUUCCUCAUCCCCUUCUACCGCAAGUCGGGCUUCAAGGUCCUGGGCCGCUGCGCCAUCACCGUGGCCAACCUCACCUUCACCGAGAUGUGGUACCCGAUCAGCGGCCAUGCGUACAUGCGCCGCAACAGCGAGGCCAUCCGGUUCCCCCAGCAUCUGCUGACUCUCCCUCUGACAAAGACUGAUGAGCAAGUCGAUUUAUGACUCUGUUUUUGGUUGCUGUUGUUGUGGUUUGUUUCUGACUGACAUCAGGCACUUGGACAGGGCCGUUCCAAGGUUGUGUGAGGCCGUGAGCAGAGUUUUAUUUGGGGGCCGACUCCUUGUCUUGUAACAAUAUGUGAGAAAGUUGAAUUACAUUAGAUUAUGUCAGUAAGCAUCAGUACUUUUCUUUUGCACAGAGCUCUGUACAUUGCACUGAGGGAAGUCACUGAGGAUUCUGUGUAUUCCUUAGGACUCCGAAUUUAUUUAGAAAUCAACCUCUUAGAACCAGGAAGGAAAUAAUUUGAUCACCUAAUUCUAAAGUUUGACACUGAACUUUAACCUGAAAGGGAAAAGUUGGACAGGGUGAUCAGUUCUUGGUGAUCAGUCGACUUUGCCAGCACCAGACCUCACACAGAAUAAAGAGCAGAGCGUUUUACUUGAUGUUCGACCGGUUGCUGUUUCAGCUCUCACUAAAGCUGCCUGAGUCUCUACGGACAUACGAUUCCAACAACCGACCUGUGUUCGAUCAACAUGUUGCACCGAAACUUGAACUUCAUCCAAGCUGAACGACUGGAGUCUCAAAACAAACAGUUUUUCAGUCAGAACAAAGUCGCUCAAAGACUUGUAGGAUGUCCAUGAAUGUCUGGAUGGCAUCAAAUCUGGGUUACAGUGGAACGGGAUGGCGAACGCGAAGGGUUGCGCAACUUAAAUAAACUUAAAGCCCCAAUAAAACUCUUCCAAACUUGGGCAGCCUUAAAACUUUCUGGGCUCUUGGCUGCCUCCUCUGGCCAAACAGGGAAAUAACAAGGAAUGAAUUUAAGAAAGAAGAACAUAAGCUUACCUGUGUUGCGCUAUUUAGGUAUUUAUUUAUAUUUUUGUUAUUCAUAGAAUAUCAUAUAGGUGUGCAGUUUUGGUAUCUGAUACCAGAUAAACACUGAGCCAGUAUCACAGAUAUCGAUUCUGAUACUGAUACUGAUGCCGAUACUUUUAAUUAUUUAAGUUCAAACGUCUGACCUUUAGUUGUUUCUGUAGUUUUCCCUUUGAAUUACUUUUAUAAAACCCUGGAACAGAAUAUGGAGAAAGUUUAAAGGCAUGUACAAAAUACUUUAAUAUAUUAACGUGAUAGACGGAAACAACAGAACGACUAAGUGAAACAAAGUGUGAAAAAUUAUCAUUUGAGAGCAAAUCAAUACAAAAUCUUUUUUAGGGUAGCUUUGGGAAUUUGCGAAACUAUAAUACAAAAAUAUAUGAUAAAAUUUCAAGAGGGAUUCUGGAACUAAAGUAUCCAUUUUACCAUGCUAAUCUCCAUCCAGAACUGAUGCAGGCUGUUUCGGUAUCACUGAUAUUUUUGUAUCAAUCCGCCCACCUUUAGUAAACCAAAAGCCUGCCUGUUAUUCCUACUUGCAAAAUUCAGCUAUACUUUAGGCUAACACUGUUCAAACUCAAUGUUUUGAAGCUAAAAUAAAGAAAAGUAGGGAAAUAAAUCAAUAUUCUCUGCAAAGUCUUCACAGGUUCAAUUCACAUGUGAUAUUCUGAUUUAUUCUCAAGCUUUUAACUGAAUCCCAUUAACCAGAAUUGUGUGGAUUAUUUCACUAUGUACAUAAUAAACCAAGUGUUGACUUGAA